CGCGGGCUCACGCCGAGCCGAGCGGGCCUGCGGCUGCCAUCUGUUCCCACCUUUGAGCUCCAGCACCCCGAGCGAGUCUCCAGCCCUCGUAUCUCCAGCAGCCCGCGUCCGGUGCGAGUCCUCCGCGCCCAGGCCGACGGUGAACAUGCGCCGUGCGUCGACAGCCGGUGCAGCCCUGAUGCUGUGCGCCGCCACCGCCGGGCUGCUGAGCGCUCAGGGCCGCCCUGCACAGCCCGAGUCGCCGCGCUUCGCGUCCUGGGACGAGAUGAACGUGCUGGCGCACGGGCUGCUGCAGCUCGGCCACGGACUGCGCGAACACGUGGAGCGCACCCGCGGGCAGCUGGGCGCCCUGGAGCGGCGCCUGGGCACGUGCGGAGCCGCCUGCCAGGGGUCCGGAGGGACCGCCGCGCCCCCGCAAGCCUCCGAGAGCCCGCUGCCCGGAGGCGAGGCAGCCCCUGAGAUCCUCCGCAGCCUGCAGACACAGCUCAAGGCUCAGAACAGCAAGAUCGAGCAGUUAUUCCACAAGGUGGCCCAGCAGCAGCGGCACCUGGAGAAACAGCACCUGAGAAUCCAGAAUCUGCAGAGCCAGGUUGGUCUCCUGACGCCCGUGCACCUACACAAUGGGCUGGCCAAGUCCGCCAGAAGGAAGAGGCUCCCCAAAAUGGCCCAGCCUGUCGACCCUGCACAGAAUGCCAGCCGCCCGCACAAGCUGCCCCGGGACUGCCAGGAGCUGUUCGAGGAAGGGGAGCGGCAGAGCGGGCUGUUCCAGAUCCAACCUCAGGGGUCCCCACCGUUCCUGGUCAACUGCAAGAUGACCUCAGAUGGAGGCUGGACGGUAAUUCAGAGGCGUCAAGAUGGCUCCGUGGACUUUGACCGGCCCUGGGAAGCUUACAAGGCUGGCUUCGGGGACCCCCACGGCGAGUUCUGGCUGGGGCUGGAGAAGGUGCACAGCAUCGUGGGGGACCGCGGCAGCCGCCUGGCUGUGCACCUGCAGGACUGGGAUGGCAAUGCCGAGUCGCUGCAGUUCCCUGUCCACCUGGGCGGGGAGGACACAGCCUACAGCCUGCAGCUCACGGCGCCUGUGGCCAGCAAGCUGGGUGCCACCGCCGUCACGUCCAGCGGCCUCUCCCUGCCCUUCUCCACGUGGGACCAGGACCACGACCUCCGUGGGGACCUUAACUGUGCCAAGAGCCUGUCUGGUGGCUGGUGGUUCGGCACCUGCAGUCACUCGAACCUCAAUGGCCAGUACUUCCACUCCAUUCCCCGGCAGCGGCAGCAGCGGAAGAAGGGCAUCUUCUGGAAGACCUGGCGGGGCCGCUACUACCCACUGCAGGCCACCACCAUGCUGAUCCGGCCUGCGGGAGCCGAGGCGGCCUCCUAGCCUCCUCGCUGGGGCCUGCACCCAGGCUCCUCGUGGACACUGACUUUGGCUCGGGCCCAGGAGGUGGCCGGCCACGCCCUGCCCAGGCAGGGGCUCCACGCAGGAGCCAUUUGGAGCCUGGUGGAGAGAGCAGAUGCCCGCGACUUGAGAGCGGCUCCCCGUCUGAGUGGGGAGCUGCACAGGUUGCUCUUGGAGGAGAACCAGGGCCAUGCACGGACCGUGGAAGCGUGGGACUCAGGGGCAUUCAGAGACCUCCUCCUCGCCCGCCCGAGGAGUGGGGGACGCAGAGGGACCACUCAGAGAUGGCCAGGCUGGCCCUCGACGGCGGACUCAGUCACAUUGACUGGUGCGGGGCACCGGGGCGCCCUCACGGUGCUGCCGUGGUGCGAGCUGGCGCAGCGGUGUCCAGGCGGGGUUCACAGGAUUCUUGGGAAUAAAAGCAACUU